UUUCCAACUCAAAACCAGGCAUAAUCGACUACUUGACUUGCAUUCGUACCUUGAUCCUUGUCAAAUCACCUCGACUUAAUUGCAUAAUUGACGACAUUUUUAAUUAUUGGAAUAAAAUGACCCCUUUACGGCUAAGACAUGUACAAAUCCUUCCCUUAAUUCUACAUUUUAUUGUAAUGACGACUUCUCAGACUACGCCAUUAGUGUGCGAUAUAGAUCCUGGCGAUAUACAACUGGUUACAUGUCCCCCUUGGGAGGAAGGUAUCCCCACUUAUCUGCCAUAUCCAUACGACUGUCGCAAGUUUAUCAUAUGCACAAACGGGAAUCCUGUCGGACACUGCUGUCCUCCUUUCACCGUUUGGGAUCAGUCAUUAAUGGUGUGCAAUCACGAGGUUUCGACGCCUUGCGUCAUCGUGACGACGACAAAUCCUCCGGAUUCGACGACGACCACGCCAACUACAACCACACCAACUACAACCAUGGAACCUACUACAACCACGGAACCAACUACAACCAUGGAACCUACUACAACCACGGAACCAACUACAACCACGGAACCAACAACAACCACGGAACCAACUACGACUACACCAACUACAACCACUCCCACAACUACUACGCCAACUACGACUACACCAACUACAACCACUCCCACAACUACUACACCAACUACAACUACACCAACUACAACCACGCCCACAACUACUACAGAAUUUUUUACCACAACAUUUCGUCCUACGACACCUGACCCAAUUCAGGAUGGGUUCCACUACACUAUCUACAGUGAUUUUGACCCCGGAGUGGCCUUGACCGUGUACGGAUCAACACUUUCACCUUCUCAAAAAGUCCACUUAAUGCCACACAUUAGCGAUUGCACAGACCUGUCUCAAGUUUGGAGGUUGAACUUUAUCAGCUUCAACUCCAGCUAUCUGCUUCGUUCAGCUCUUGGAACUGGAAACGAACAAUAUUCCUACGGUCUUUAUUUGAGUCCUUCGAUAGAUUAUCCUUUUAUUUGGGAAUACACAAAUCCUGGUACCGUACCAGGCAGUGCAUAUUGGGAUUUGAGUCAAUCUUCGAGUUUCAUGUUCCGCCACAAGUAUUAUUCUGGAUUUAGCUUCCGCUACUCUGAUGUGGAAAAUGAUUUGGGUUUGGAAGUGCAAGUUCAAAACGGAGUGGACAUAUCAGAUCGGAGAUUUUAUUGGAGGGUAAACCAAUGUCAAAUUAUUGCAGAAUAGUUAAUUAUUUCCUUCUUUACGGGGAAAAUUCCCCAUGAGGAAAAAUAUAGAGCAAAGAGUGAAAAAUUGUAAACAUUUCAUAAUAAAUAAAUAUGUUCUGAUCCAGCAAGACCAGCAGAUUAAUUAUAUUCCCGACAUUAUGUUGCAAAUUUAAAUGGGUCGGAUAAGAAUACUUAUACAUUCAUGUUUUAAAAAGUAGAUAAAUAAAUAUAUAGGCUAUAAUCUAGCCCCACAAGAUUUGACCAAACUUUCCUCAGCUUAGGUUAUAACUAGAGAAUUGGUCAAUGCAGGUUUACCCCUCCCAACAUGGUGAUUCCACUUAAUUCCAGGAAAUGUUCUUUUCCCAGCAUGCCCUUGUUAUUGUUUUCCGACAGACCCCUCAAAACAAUCAUGUUCUGGCUAACAUUCUGAUACGCGUCAGACAUUUUUAGUUCUAAUAGUUUGAAAUCGGUCUCUUUUGUCAAUAUUUCUGAAGAAAAAUAAAUCAAUUUUGGUUA